CACUAUUCACUAUCCUUUCCCUUUCUUCAUCUUUACUCACUCACUCUUUCUUUCACAUCCCCACACGAAUGGACCCCACCCCAUCCGUUCACCGCCGAUCUUCUUCCUCCUCCGACCGCCUCCUCGGUCCCUUCACUUUCUGCCCCUCCGCCACCGCCUCUACCGCCGUCGAACUCAACGAAGCCGAACUCUUCUGGGCCACCGAUUCCUCCGAAUCGGAAAUCCAACGCCCCGUGCCCCUUCCCUCGCUCAAUAACCGCCUCCGCAACUUCCAGCGCCCGCUAGAUUCCGGAAUACUCGUCGUGUUAACUGAACCUGAUUCUCGCGGUGGCGUGUUUCGCGGCAAUUCCUCCGUUUCCUCUUCCUCUUCGAGGACGAUUCCUUCGUUGCCGAGACCUCCGGCGGCUCCGGCCUCCGAUUAUCUCGCGCAGUCCGCGCCUUCUAGAAAGUUCCAGCAAUCGGCGCCCGUUAAGGUCCCGAUUCUGCUCACUAAGGGCGGCGCGAGGAGGAGGAACGGCCAUGAUUUCGCUCGCGUGGACGAUGACGAAGACGACGACGAGGAGAUGUUGCCGCCGCACGAAAUCGUGGCGCGGGGUUCUGGAGUCUCGCCCAAAACGACGUUUUCGGUGUUGGAAGGGGUGGGAAGAACGCUGAAAGGGAGGGAUCUUCGUCAGGUGAGAAACGCUGUUUUGCGCAAAACCGGUUUUCUGGAUUGAUUAAUUUAAUUGCUCUUUAUUUUUGUUUGUUGUGGUUGGGAAGUUCAAUUUUGAUAGCUUCUCCGCACCAUCCAUAGCUUAAACGAGGAUGUUUUAGCCUUUCCUUGUUUCUUCUUUUUCUGAUGCUCUUUUUGUUCCUUUUUGAUUUAUAGAAUCUGCAAAUGGUAUAAACUC